CUGGGCCCUGAUUGGGCCUCGGGCGAGUCACGUGGCGCGGCGGCGCGGCUUCUCUUUCCCGCCUGCAGCCGCGCGCUCGCUCGCAGAACGUACAUGGAAUUUACUGCUUCUGUCAGGUUGAGAUUGCCAUAUUUCUUGAUCAAACUAAUGUCAAAGCAGUAUUCAAGUGGCAGUAUCUUUGAUUAAAAGAAGUGAUUAUGCACCGAAGACAGAAAGGAUCAAAUAUUGGACUACUUCUGCUACUUUCUCAGAUUUACCAAGUUGGAGUUUCUAACAUUCCACCUGUGACACUUGCCACUUUGGCAGCAAACGUUUUUUUCUUUUUACAACCCCUGAAACGACUGGACAAAACAUGCAUCAGUGUCACCGAGUGUCUUUACAGAAGAGAUUGGCAUCGUUUGUAUCUUUCACCAUUUCACCAUGUGGAUGAUUGGCAUCUAUAUUUUAAUAUGGCCUCCCUGCUUUGGAAGGGAAUUAAGUUGGAGAGGAGGCUUGGAAGCUUUUGGUUUGGAUAUAUCAUUACAAUAUUUUCACUGCUAAUUGGAGUUGUGUACGUGCUUCUGGAACUUGCUCUUGCAGAACUUCUGGAUGUUCCUUCAUACAAACAGAGUUGUGCUGUUGGCUUUUCAGGUGUAUUAUUUGCUUUGAAAGUUCUUAACAACUACUAUCACCCAGGUGGGUCAAGCAACGUCAUGGGAUUUAUUAUAUCCAAUAAAUAUGCUUGUUGGUUGGAACUUGUAGCAAUUCACUUAUUGAACCCACGGACCUCUUUUGCAGGGCAUCUGGCAGGUAUUAUUGUUGGGCUAAUGUACACCAUGGGACCUCUGAAGAUGCUCAUGAAAGCAUGCUCAGGUGGCUUUCGCUCUCAAACUGACUUUUCAGAACAAAGAAACAGAUACAAUUCAGAGAAUUUUAGAUACUCAGGUUACCCAUCGCACUCAUCGAGAGGUUACGGCAUGUAUACUGGUGGACUUAAUGAAGAAGAACAGGUUGAAAGGGCCAUCAGAAAUAGUCUGAAUGAUAGAGGCCCAAGACAUUACAGCAAUGAGAGGAGACCCUACGGCUUCUGGCUUCCACCGGAAGAGCCAUCAGUUGAGGAACUUAGAAGGCAAAGACUUAAUCGAUUUGAGAGGUGGUAAAAUUCUCAGGUCUCUAAAAUAUAUAAAGGGCUCUUCCCAGUUGCCAGAGUAUUGUCCGACCUUUCUCAGUUUAGCAGUUUCUCAGAAAAUAAUGUUUCCUGCAAAUUAUUGUACCAAGGUGUGUGGAAAAUGUGCACUUGCUUUGCCUCUGGGCUUCCAAAGUUAAAAGUGAAGUUGAAAAAGUUUCUUUAUACCUUUACACCCUACAAGAAUUUGAUGUGCCUCAGAAAAGUUCAAGAUACAGUUUAGGUCUUCUAGAUAACUGCUUUUAUUUGGCUAGGAUAUGCCCUCUUUAGAUCUGCUGAUUCGUUAAACCCAUCCAUAUUGUUUUCAGCAUAAUUUAACAUUAUGGUGUGUAAAAAGAAGCUCCUGGCAGCCCUUCUGCAGUGCCUUUGGGCACAGUUGUGUGCUAGUGAUGUAUCUUUUUUAGGUAAUAAAGUGACACUCAGUGUAUAAAUAUAUUAAAGUACUAACACUUAAAUCUUUU